UCCCUCCCCGGCUCCCCCAUUCUCCUUCCCUCCACUUUCACGCUCAAAAUUUCAGAGAAGAGUGAGACGGGCUCCCACCACCUGACGACCACGGGUACUCUUCCCACCACCACCGGCAACCACCACAACCCAACCUUAGAGCUCUCCCACCUCCGGCGAUCGCCACCACCAUCGAUUUCUGAGAACUCCAAGGUUGAUCGAUAAUCACCACGAAGAUGAUGUCCCCGGAUUCUGUUCCGUCGGCAAUGCCUCCAAACAAAGAGUGCAUAGAAGAAGAAGAGGUAUAGAGUGAAGAUUGUGAUGAAAUAGAUACUAGCAAAGUUGGGAAGGAGGCAACAAAAAAUUGUGAAGAUGGAGUUGAAGAACCAAAAGAGGGAAUGACAUUUGACACAUCGGAGGAAGCUUAUUCAUAUUACUCAAGAUAUGCUAAAGAAAAAGGGUUUGCUGUGGCAAAAACAACAUCAAGAAAGGGAAAAGAUGGAAAGUUGAAGGAUGUAACUAUAGCAUGCAGUCGUGCUGGAAAGGCAAGGGUGACAAGCAACCCGGUCAAACCACGGCCACAAUCAAAAAUUGAUUGUCAAGCUCAUGUUACCGUUGUGUUGCACCCGAAUGGAAAGUGGAGGUUAAACCGGGUUGCUUUAGUUCACAAUCAUGACCAGAGCCCGGGAAAGGCAAGGUAUUUGAGGAGUAAUAGGGUACUUGAUGAACAAGUGAAAAGAAGACUUGAAUUGAAUGAUAAAGCUGGGAUCAAUCUGAACCAAACUUAUACCUCACUUCAGAUUGUCGAAAUCAUGUGGACCACAACCAAGUAUGCUGGAAACUCAAUGGCAAGGAUGCGGAGGACAACAAAGUUAUACGCAAAUGAUGAACGCACCGGAUAAUGUUGAAGACUAGUUCACUUGCAUUGUAUUGUUUUAUAUCGUGUCCUGUGUCUUCUGUCCCCUUUUGUGUUCUUGAAAGUUGUCCAUAUCGUGUCCUGUAUCCUGUGUCCACAUUGGCUAACAUUUUGUGGUUAAAGUUACAUAGAUUUGUUUGAAGAUUUAUGUUUCAAGUUGACUUCUUUAAUGAGAUGCAUUAUACUUUUGUUCAUAAAA